AUGAAUUCUGUUCCUGUGUUGACUGUAAAACCAUGGAGAGCCCUCUUUGAUGAGAAGUUCCAUGUGGUUGUGGGGAACUUACCACCGACACAGGAGGUCACACUACAUUCUUUACAUCAGUCUGAAGACACAGACUACUGGGAGGCGUUUGGGCAUUAUGUCAGUGAUGCUCAGGGAAGGGUCACAGUUGCCAAACAUGAAAGUUUUGGGGGCACAUAUGAGGGUGUUGAUCCAAUGGGUUUGUUGGCGAGCAUGAGACCAAUACCUGGCAGUAGAACUGGACUCAGAUUCAGGAUCAAAGAAGUCCACACUCCCAUGGUGGUGCACAUCUCUGUGUACAGGGGACACUUGAGUCAGGGGUUCAGGGAGCAGUUGGCCCUGGCAAGUGUUGUCACAGAGCGCUGGUGCAUGGCCCCCGGAGUCCGCAGGGUCGACAUCACAGAGGGAGGGGUCACAGGUACCCUGUUCCUGCCACCAGGUCCCGGACCCUUCCCUGGAGUUUUAGAUAUGUGGGGAGGUGGUGGCGGCCUGGUGGAAUAUCGUUCUGCUCUCUUGGCAUCCCACGGCUUUGCUGCCAUGGCGUUAAUGUACCUCUUCCCAGAUGCACAGAAAGCUGCUACCAUUGGCUUCCAUUACAUUGAGAAUGCUUUCAGACUGCUGCAAGAUCACCCUCUAGUGGCCUCUGACAAAAUUGCCCUGCUUGGCACAUCCUUUGGCGCCUCAGUCGCUUUAUCCCUCGCUGUCUUCUCAGAAACUGUAAAACCAAUAUGUUGUGUGUGCAUCAGUGGCAGCCAUGUUCUUACACUCAAAGCCAACCAGUCCAUUGCAGAAUCCUUCAAAGUGAUGAAAGAACAUGUCCAUAAGUCUCGCAUGGAUGAGAACAAUUGCAUAAUCUGGAGGGACACUCUUCUACCCAUUCCAGAGGAUUCUGACCUGAAAGUAGAUGUGGGGAGGAUAACAUGUCCAUUACUACUGGUUGUCGGACAAGAUGAUACAAAUUGGGCCGCUGUUGAAUCAGCUGAUGAUAUGACACAGAUGAUGGAGAGAGCAGGGAACAGUCACCUGCUGACCACUCUGUCCUACCCUGGAGCUGGUCACCUGAUUGAACCUCCGUAUGGUCCCCACUGCAGGGCUUGUACCUUUGUGUUGCAGCCAGGCCAACAGAGAGUGGUCGUGCUGUGGGGAGGCCUCACCAAACCUCACGCCGUUGCACAGGAAGACUCAUGGGAGAAGAUUCUAGAUUUUCUGCAAGAGCAUCUCUGUCACAGUGUCAAACCCCAUGUGCAGUCCAGAUUGUGA